CAACUGACCACAUUAUACAUGUACUCUAUUCAUGAAAUCAAAUAUUUGAAAGGGUCAGACACUCACUAUAAAAAGUUGACCAAUUCUGUCAGCUUAUAGUUUUGAAAUCCUUGUACAUGUAUAAGGACUACAUAGAAAAUAUAAGUUUCAAACAGACAGAAAAAUGGCUGACAGAAAGACCCCAAAAUUCAACAGAGAUAAAACUGCAUUUGAGAACAUGUCAGAUAUUUGGAAGAGUAAAGCAAAGACAUACUUUGUACGGUUUGACGCUAACUCUGAUGGAAUUCAUGAGCGCAAAGAUUAUGAGGCCAUUAUCGAGAGGUUAAUUAACCAUAUGAAAACUCAUGGUAUCGAACCUACCAAGCAACAAAUAGAGAGGUUUAACCACACAUUCAUCGAUACAGUUUGGUGCGAAAGUGUGGCUGGAGGUCAUGAUACUGGAUAUGACAGAAAAAUCACCAUGGAAGAAUUCUGCAACAAUAUCGCAGAACAUAUGAUUCCUAACAUAGAGUUCUGUACUGGUGUAACACUUCAAUUCGCCUCACACAUAUUUGAUGCUAUUGAUUUAAAUCGUGAUAAUGUACUUUCCUUGAAAGAGUACUCAGCCUUUCUUGGAAUGCUAGAUGUUGACGAGGAACAUGCCAAAAUUGCGUUUUUGUCAAUUAACAAAGGAACUGGGGACACAAUUAGCCGCGAGGAGUUUUGUAAUGCAUACAGUGACUUCUGGAUGAAUUUUGAAGAAGGUGGAAUUGGGGAGAAUGUUCUCGGACCUAUAGUAAGAUGGUAAAUGAUGUGCUGCAGAAAAUAAACAUAACUUUGAACUAAUAUAUCGUUGGUUGUAUGGGAGAAAAGGUUAACUUUUUUUAAACAUUAAUAAUGACUUAUACAAUUUAAAAUGGUGAGUGAAUAACUUGCGAAUAUAACUUUAGCAGAAUGUGAACUUGACCAUUGACUCGAAGAUGGUAAAUUAUGUACUGCAGAAAAUGAACAUAAUUUGGAACUAAUAUGUGGAUAGUCUGGGAGUAACAGCUGAUUUAUAUAACAUUAAUGAAGACUUCGUUAUAUUACUAAAUAAAAUGAAAGCUGAAAAAUCUGUGAAUAUGACAAUCAGAAAGAGAACUCAGGACCUAUGACUAAAAGAACAGAAUAACAAAGAUGAAAAUAAUAUAAUAAUUUUUUAUGAUAUAUGUUUUAUGUAACAAAUAUCACCACAAUUGUAAGAUAUAUCUAACUCAUUACAAUAGGCUUUUCAGAUAAACACUGCCACCUUUUGGCAACCACCAUCUUAGCUGUGUUUCAUGGAUAAAACUAGAAAAACAGCAACUCCACGGAGUAGCAAAUCCCACCGAACAAAACAUAUUAUGCUUAUUAUAGCUAGUGUAAAUGUUGAAAUGUUUGUGCACUUUGUGAUAGAAGCAUAAAAUUUGGCACAAAGUUAGUUUAUACCAUUGUGAACUAGGCAUCAUCAUAUAAAAUCUGAACCAAAUCCGUUCACUGGUAUAUGAGUUAUCAAAGAUUACGUGCUUUAUGAAAAUCGGCCGCCAUCUUGAAAUUCAGACGCCAUUUUGAAAAUUAUUUCUUGAACAGAGCUACUGUGUCCCUAGGCAUAAUCAUAUAAAAUUUCAACCAAAUCUGUUCACUGGUAUUUGAGUUAUCAAAGAUUACAUUUUUUACGAAAAAUUGCCGCCAUUUUGAAAUUAAGCGGCCAUCUUGAAAAAUUUUUGUCGAACAUAGCUACUGUGUCCCUAAGCAUCAUCAUAUAAAAUUUGAACCAAAUCCGUUCACUGGUAUUUGAGUUAUCAAAGAUUACAUAUUUUUACGAAAAAUGGCCGCCAUUUUGAAAUUAAGCGGCCAUCUUAAAAAUCUCCUUUUGUGCGAAACUCCUUUGUCCCUAGGCAUCAGUAUAUAAAAUUUGAACCAAAUCCGUCAACUUGUAUUUGAGUUAUCAACGAUUACAUUUUUUACAAAAAAUGGCAGCCAUUUUUAAUUGAGCGGCCAUAUUGAAA